GUUACCCAAAACAAUAAUGGCGGACCUUAGUUUCCAGUCAGAGUAACAGUCAUGGAGUUAACGUGUGAAAUAUGGGUUUUUAAACCAGUGUAUGUGGAAACAUACUGACAGUUUUGAAUUCUGUGUUUCUUUUGGAUUUCACAUAGAAGUAACAAGAAGAAAUGCUCUCCGGCGGCUAUUCAAAGUGCUACCAGACCCUGGAGAGAGAGCAGGUGAAUCAUUUGAAGACCAUGAAGCAGGUAGAAAAGGGAGACAUCAUUGCCCGCACCAGGCGACUGACCCAGGAGACCAACAAGAGGAGGAAAGCGCAGGCCCAGAAAAGGAAGUAUGAGGUGAAAAGAGAGGAGAGAAGGAGACAGGAAAUCCUGAACCAACGUCACGAGGAACAGCAAAGGGCCACAGAGAAGUACCAGCGCUCCACCAUCCCCUCCAGCAGAUCAAGCAGCCGUAGGUCCUCCCCAACACACACAACCACCGGGAUAGAAGAAGCCUUGAAGCUCAUCAGAGGAACUCCACCACUCUCACGACAGAGCAGCCUCACAUCAACUGGCAGUCACAAAGGGAAGACCUCUCCUCGAGCAUUUGGGACAUACAACCACGAUCCACUAAAUCGACCUUACUUUAACAAGUACUCCAGUCUACAUUUGAGACCACAGUCUCCAUCCGAGCGUGCCCAGGAACAUGCAGAUCUGCGUGACAAGUCGCUGCGGAACUAUACCGACAGCCGGAGUCUGUUUGAGCAGCAGCUGGAGCAGCAUCAGCAGCUUCUUUUGGAAGAUCAGAAAAAGUCCCUCCACAUCUUCAACCAGGCCAUUCAGCGUGAGAUGGAUGCAGAUGCCAAACUGGAAGGCACUGAGGAGGAUGAGGAAGAAAUGUCAUGGAUGAAUCGAAGUGACAGUUUGUCUAGUGUUGACAGUCUAGAUGUUUCCAGAGAGUCAGUCGGGAAAGACAGACCUCAAACAGCAAGUGCAGCCACAAGGUCCAGAUCUUAUCCUAGACCUGUCCCACCUAAGGCCACACCAAUUGUUGGGAGAGUGGCUCCAAAUAGUGCUAGUGUUAACAUGACAGAUGACUCCUUAGAGUCAAAACCAUUCCAAGUGGAAUAUCAUGCCAAACCUCCUGCAACGAAUUAUGACAGAGGUGCAGUUAUUGGGCCGAUUUUAAACAAUAGGAAUCAGGAACUGUCUUUUGUUCUUCAUCCUCAACACCAGGAAACGUCUCAUUCCUCAGCUGUGGUGAUGGGCCAGCAACAUCAGAUGCACCAGAUGGGGCAUGCAGCAAGUACAGGGGGUUACCCUGUUCAGCUGGCGCAGUACCCCAGCCAUGUAACCUCCAACCUUCCCAUCUUCUCGCCACCCACCUUGGCAGACAACACAGGGGUGCUGAAUCAGCCCAGUACAAGUGCUGGGUAUGUUCUACCAUCGAGUCUGAACCAGAAACACGAUUACUCCCAGGCUACCACGGUGUCUACACUCUCCCUCACCAAUCCCAGCAGUCAGAGCAGUCCAUCGUACACACCGGCGCCUGUCUGCCAACAAAACCUACCCCCUGCAGCCAGCGCUGUGGACCCGCCACCAUCAAACCCAACGCCGGUUUCCUCUACACUGGCAGCAACUGUCUGCACUACAAGUUCCCGCCCACGCCCUAUUCCUGCUGUUGCGCAAACAGGAAGCAAACACAGUGUCAGCAGCACAACUCCAUCAAAGGGGACAGAAGCGGGGAAUAUUGUUAAUGGAACUCUUGGACUGGUUCAUGGUAAGCUGUCAAUUCUUGCCAAUAUUGAGGCAGUAGCCAACGGUAACCAGCCAAGCAAGGAACCAGGCGUCCAGACGACCAAAACAAUGCCUAAGAAAUCUGCUUCUGAUUUUGAAGCUAGAGAGGUAAAAGGUAUUCUGAAAAGGCCAGAACCCAGCAAACUGAAGAAGGUGGCAUCCACAGGAAACUUGCAGAACACUGGACUACGAGUGAAAGACAGCAUCGAGGUUGCCAGGGGUAACCACAGAUCUGAUCAAAGCAGAAAAGGAAAAGGGUCAGGAAAGAAGAGUGUCAGGUUUGCUGACUUGCAGUAUGAUGAAGAUAUCCCCGAGGACAAUGACAGUGUUGACAGCAACACCGACAGUGCUACACCUGUCAAGAAGGUCAGCCUGACUGGUAGAAACAUCGGACAAGGAGCCUCCAAGGCUGCACAGCGACAGCGCCCUGUCUCAGCCAAGGUGUCGGGAUCCAACAGGGUUAACCGGCUGACACGGGCAGCCAGUGCCGGCACUCUCCGACCUGGCCAGCCACAACAUGCCCAGGACCGGCCCCGAGCCGCCGCACACAUCAUUGCUCACUCAAUAGAAGGAAAUGACUACCUCAGUGGCCACCAAGACAAGAAGGUUACAGUAACUACCAACAACUUCAUGGGCAAAGUCCCCGUGGCGAUACCGAAACAAGCCGCAUCAGCUUCCUCCCAGGGUGUCAUCUACACAGCUAACGAAGCCUACACCGACCUGACAGGAGACGUGUCAAGCGUUCUGCAGAAGGCUGAUAGCGUAGCUGCUGCCUACCAGACUAAGUACGUGGCCGCUCCCAUCAACAGCCACCUCCCUCCAGACUCCGCAACUGACGCCUUCAACAAAAAUCAGCCAGUGUACAAUGAGAACGGUCUCCGCAUUGAUCGAACUCCCACUGACGAUGAAAUCAACUGGCUGUGGGAGAAGGUGAGGACAUGCCUCAACCGUGAACCAACACCGUCAGAGAAGAAGACCACGGCCAGUCUUGUCGCAGCUGAUCCUACCCAGAGUCGCCAGGCAGCAACAGUCUCCAACAAGUACAUAGAUGGCCAAUCACUCGGUUUGACCGGCAACACGCGGGUGAACACUGUCCUGUUCAGUAACACCGUGCAGCACAGGGCCAUCAACAACAUGGCCAGCAGGCAGAAGCCAGCUAGUGCUGGCACUGGAGGCUACAUGCGCAAGUUUGGCCUGCUGCAGCAGCGGAAACAUCAGACCAGCUCGGCAAAGAGGAUCACGCAGCCUCCAACAUUCAGCCAGUUGGAGCCCCAGGAGAGUGACAGUGUGCAGCCUAAUGUGACUGAGAGUAUGGCAACAUUCCUGGCAGCGGAGCACUUCGCAGGGAAGAGUAUGUCCGACAGCCAGGUGCAGCUGGCACUCGAGGAGGCAAAGAGACGGCAGCAGGAGAUCCGCGCAGCUGCGUCACGAGGGGUGGCAGGUCCAUCGGCGCUGUCCAUGGAGGAACAGAAGCUGCUGGAGUCUCUGGAACAUCUCAACGACAAACUCAAGAUUUCGGAGAGCAAGCACCAGCCUGGCAGCUCGGCCAACACUGCCAAAACACCUGGUGUUCAUCACUUCGUCCAUGUCCAUGGUCGCCCCCCUGUCUGAUGUCAAUCUGGAGGGUUUCGAGGUCAUCCACCAAUUUCACAGCUACAGCGUGGCCAAACCUCUAGCAACAGUGUACGGCAGAGGGCCCAGUCAGCCAGACACUACCACUAGAGGGCGCCAUUGCAUGAACACGUAGCCGAGUAGUUCUUCAGAUGAGACAAAAGGGGAUAUUAUGAUGAACGUUCCUAUGGAACUCAGCUAGAGGCGGAACUUGCUGUGUUAAUACACGACUGGUUUCUACUCACGGUCAUGUGACUGUCAUGUGACUGUCAUGUGACCUGGUGUAAUGUGUUGUACCUUGUUGUUUUCGACAGAACAAGGUGUGUAGACACAGCAGUAGGUCGUGGAAUGACGAAGAUGCUACACUAUAGUGAUUAGCUGGACUCUGCUGCUACUGUAAGCCCCGGCACGAGACUGGGAGACGUGUUCAAGACAGCUGAUGUAACUGUGCUACAUCAGGCAAAGAUCUGUGAUAAUUUAUUAUUGUUGUAGUAUAGCCAUUUUACUAGUUACCAAAUUAAUGUAUCAACGCUUCUGGCAAGUGAAGCACUGUUGGAUUGAGCUGAUUCAGACACUGGACGUCACUUGAUGGUUCUGUGAUGUCCCAUGAUGCAGUGCCAUGCAGGACCGAUCUAGGAUGCCCUUGAAUGACGGAACACAUUUGUUGUCAGGGUAAAGCGCUCUCCUUUUAAUUAAUUCUUAAUGUACAAAGCCUGUUUACAGAAUCUAAAGCUUUAUGCAGUAUCAGCCUCCGAUCAUAUGACCUUAGAUUUACUCCGUCCAUUGUUAUUUUACACGUUGUUAUGUUACAAAGUUUGUCCAUGUUUAUGUUGAGUGAUUCUGUUUCUACGAAUCAAUGCUAGUUGUCUUAUUGUAAGCCAGAUUAUCAUUCCGUCCACUUUAUUAGCAAUCUCAUUAAAAUCAGACCUUAGUUCUCGCUACCGCUAAACAAAGAUCUGAAGACAUCCCAUUAGGGGUCACGUCAGAACAACCUUUCAUCCGACCAAUGAGAGCGUUGCUUACCAGAU